AUGGCGACCCGUGACCGUACGACAGAGUUUCUUCAAUACCGCAGCGCCAAAACUCGCCAAACUGACUCGCAAGGUCUCUUACAAGAGGACAGAGGUGCUUCAACCUUUAGCACCUUCGUUGCACCUCUGUGGAUGCAGAAGAUGGAUGAGGUUCGCGAGCUGCAGAGAAAGAUUCGGAAGCAUAUGGAGUCGCUGGAAAAGCUGUGGCGAAACAAUCUAAAGAUUGAGUUUAGCUCGUCGCGAGACGAGGGACGUGAGGAAAUGGAUAUUGAGCGUCUGCGAGUUUCUAUUGAUAAUCUCUUCAAGCAGAGUGAGAAAGUAGUUAAUGAACUCGAAGUGGCCUACAUGCGUGAGCUCCCUGACGAGGGAACUGAUGCGGAGUUGAGUAUACUUCGUAAUGUGAAGAUGUGUCUUGUUAACGAACUCAGCAACAUUGGUAAAUUAUACCGUGAGAGCGAGCGGCGAUACGUUAUGGAUCUAAAAAAGCAGCAAUCGGUCGCGAAGCGAUGGGGAAACAGUGAACGACAGCGAGUCAUCGAGCAGGAGCUUGAAACCGAUGCUGUAAUGAACCGUUGCCUCCAAAAGGGCAUGUCUCAGGAGCAGGUAGAGGCGAUGCUUCUCAAUCAACAAUUGGCGGAUGAGCGUGUGAAGGAAUUUGAACACAUAUAUACAUCAAUAAAGUCCAUGCACGAGAUGUUCUCUGACAUGAAAACGCUCGUUAUUGAGCAAGGUGCCGUGCUCGACCGUAUUGAUUACAACAUGUCGAUCACUCACGAACGCGUGCAGAGUGGUAGAGCGGAGUUGGAAAAGGCAGCGGAAUAUCAGGAGGCCGGGUUGUUCAAAACAUGUUUCUUGUUUUUAGUGGUAACUAUCUUUGUGCUUUUGUUCAUUCUUCUGUUUCAAAAGAUGCUGUCUUAA